GCACUCUUGGAACUAAAAGUAUAUAAGUAGGUUGGCUCUCAUUGUGUCCUGCAGUCAGUUACCGUCCGGAAAGCCACAACUCUUGGCUCCACCAUGUGCGACGAGGACACGUGCCCGCUGGUCAUCGACAAUGGCUCCGGUAUAUGCAAGGCUGGCUUCGCCGGAGACGACGCCCCUCGCGCCGUCUUCCCCUCCAUCGUCGGCCGCCCCCGCCACCAGGGUGUGAUGGUCGGCAUGGGUCAGAAGGACGCCUACGUCGGUGAUGAGGCCCAGAGCAAGAGAGGUAUCCUCACUCUCAAGUACCCCGUUGAGCAUGGUAUCAUCACCAACUGGGACGACAUGGAGAAGAUCUGGCAUCACACUUUCUACAACGAACUCCGUGUCGCUCCCGAAGAGUGUCCUAUUCUCCUUACCGAAGCUCCUUUGAAUCCUAAGGUUAACCGUGAGAAGAUGACGCAGAUCAUGUUCGAAGUGUUCGCCGCCCCGGCCAUGUACGUGGCCAUCCAGGCUGUUCUCUCGCUGUACGCCUCUGGCCGUACCACUGGCAUCGUGCUAGACUCGGGCGACGGCGUGUCUCACUGCGUACCAAUCUUUGAAGGGUAUGCGCUCCCCCAUGCCAUCCUCCGACUCGACCUUGCAGGACGCGACUUGACUGACUACCUGAUGAAGAUCAUGACCGAGCGUGGCUACUCCUUCACCACGACUGCCGAGAGGGAGAUCGUGCGCGACAUCAAGGAGAAGCUCUGCUAUGUUGCUCUAGAUUUCGAGAACGAGAUGGGCGUUGCCGGGGCUUCUUCCUCACUCGACAAGUCUUACGAGCUUCCCGACGGCCAGGUAGUGACCAUCGGCAACGAACGCUUCCGCUGCCCCGAGGCACUCUUCCAGCCUUCCUUCCUUGGUAUGGAAUGCUCCGGACUCCACGAAACCGUUUACACCUCCAUCAUGAAGUGCGACGUCGACAUCAGGAAGGAACUGUACGCCAACAACGUCCUGUCAGGAGGCACGACCAUGUACCCCGGCAUCUCUGACCGCAUGCAGAAGGAAAUCACGAACUUGGCUCCCUCCACGAUCAAGAUCAAGAUCAUCGCUCCGCCCGAGAGAAAAUACUCCGUGUGGAUCGGCGGCUCCAUCCUCUCCUCUCUUUCCACCUUCCAGUCCAUGUGGAUCACCAAGGAGGAAUACGACGAAAGCGGACCUGGCAUUGUUCAUCGGAAGUGCUUCUAGAUUAUGAUGACUAGAUAUUAUUUUUUGAUCAUGGGACUAUAGAUUUUUAAUGUAUUAAUUAGAUAGUAAUUCUAUGAUGAGAGUUUUGAGAUAAAUAUAUUAUAUUCAUAGAAAUAUUGGUCUUAUUCCAAAUUCUUUCCCAUCCCAUUGCAUUUCAGUACCAAAUUAUGUUUCAUUCGUACUUACGAGUAUUACCAUAGAGAAUACUAUCUCUGAGAAGUAAGAUAUAAAUAUAUUUUGAAUAAAGCAAUUAUCAACGAAAAGUCUCACAUCUAAGAGCAUAUAUUGUGUGUAUAUACAUACGUACAAACAGACACACACACACGCGCGCGCGCACAAGUACACGUACACACAUACACUCAGCUAUACACACAGCACACACACUCACACACACACACAUACACACACACACACAUUUAUACAAAC